CUGAUGAAGUAACUGGGAGGCAACUAGAACUGAACGAGCUAAUGACUGGGAUCAAGUCCGUCGUGUUUUUGACCAUGCUGAACUGUCGGUGGAUAAAAGGAGUUGAGUGAGGUGUUAUCUUAUGCGUGCAUAUGCAUAAUACCUUAUUCUAACCAUUAUAACUAACCAUUAUCAUGGUAGUUAUUAUGAAUGGAUCUAAACAUACCAGGAAACAAUAUGGCAGGCUAAAGAGAAACAGUUCAUUCUGAGGGCGUGGAGGCAGAAAUCUAGAACGCCAAAACUACAUGUUCAAAGAGAGACUUCUUUUUUCUUCUGUUAUGAAGUUUGAUUCAGCAGCAGGAAUAUGGAACUGAGCAGGAUAAUCGGGAUCAAGUGUGUUGUUCUGGCUUUUCUGUGGACUCUUACAAAUGGAGAUACUGAGGUGUCCUGUGUUUUCCAGGAAAGUUGCAUCUUACCCUGCAGUUUCCAAGGUAGCACUGAUGCAGUUAUCAGCUGGAGUCUGCUCAAGGCAAGACAUGUUUCCAUCCUCUCCUACAACUCCAAACAAGACCAGCUUACACAACAGGAUGAGCACUUUAGAGGCCGGGCAUCAUUAUUCAAAGACCAGAUAUCCAACGGAAACGCCUCACUCCAGCUGACAUCAGUGGAGCUUCAAGACGAAGGCAGAUACAAAUGUGCAACAGGGGGAAACAAUGAUUCAUUUAUCAGCCUAAAAGUGGACGCUCCAGUCCGUGAGGUCAACAUUGAGAAGGCAGAAAACAGGAUCACCUGCAGCUCUGAGGGGAUCUACCCCGAACCUGUGCUCACCUGGUCCACCAGCCGUCAAACCGUCUUCAGGAGCACAACCAUAGUCCAGCAGAGUGGACCGAACAGAGAACUUUAUAACAUUAAGAGUUCUGUCAUAUUUCCUGACACCAAACAUGACUUUACUGAUAUGACCUACAGCUGCACUGUCAGCACUCGCAGCAACCACAAAACAGCCAUUUUGUCAAACCGCAACCUGAAAGAAGGCAUCGCUAAAGCCAUGGUGGCAGGCGUCAUCAUGAUUGCGGUAAUCUUAGGCCUGAUACCGAUAUGCUGCAAUAAAUUUAACAGUAAGAUGCACCAGAGCUGCUCAGUGCCAAUGAGUGUGCUGCCUACAGUGGAAACAGGAUCAGUGGAGUUACAGUCCCAUCAGGCUCAGCAGGUUCCUGAUGCUGCAGAAAUAUCAAGUCAACUCGAUUUGGUCCUGACAGAA